CAGUCAAAAAAUGACAUUCUUUUACAGUUCUUUGUAAAGAGAUUUAUUUGAACAUAUUUGGCAUAUUAACAUUUAAAAGUAUAGCACUCCUAAUAAAGAAAAUCCCUUCAUAUGACAUUAAAACACAGACACCAUCUCAGAGUUUCAAAAGCAAAGGACAAGUCUGAUGUUUUCUUUUCAAAACAGAUGAUUACAUACGGUUGUCAUAGGAGUGUGAGGUAGGGAGGGAGGGACAGCUUUAGAUUACGUGGCCACAGAGUUAUUCUGAAAGUAUGCUGGCUGGGUCUCAACCAUAAAAAUACAACAACCUUUCCACUGAGACACAGCUUGCCUGUACCUACGCAACAAGCAUCAGUCUCAGAAAACAGACUUUAGAUUGCAUUAGCAGACUGUGCCGAGUUAGUGAAAACAAACAGAAGACGCCAACUGAAAGUGAAAAUGGAUAAUCAAACACAGUCCGAGCUGCAGACCGAGAUGAGUACCACCAUGCAACCCUUUAACCUCACCUUAACAUCCAACAGCCCCCCUCCAAGCUUCACCUAUGACACCAUCGCAGCCAACGACCUGAUCUCCAGGGCCAACUACGUCUAUGGGUUCUGUGCCUUGCUGGGCUUAGCCUCGGCAUGUUUUCUGCUCUUUGGCUUUGUUCAGUCCUACAGGGCCUGUAGGGGCCUGGUGUGGCUGGACACCCUGCUCUGGGCCUUCUCUGGAUUCCAGCUCCUCCUUUUGCUCCUCUCUCUCUCCUCUGUAGCCCACCGACCCAACUACCUGGAGACCACAGAACUCGGCUGUGCCGCGCUUGCCUUCAUGGUCAACCUGGCAUCUCUCUGCGGGCUGUUCCUCCUGGUGCUGAUGGGAUACACCCUAACUUAUGACCCCCCAACUCACACACUAAUGAAGAGACCUGGGGUUUGUGUGGGACUGGUGGUUCUUAUUUCUUUCCUGUGCUGCUUGGUUCUGGCACGACUUAGAAACUCAACCCUGAUUACAGAUAGGACAAACAAAUGUAUCAUAGACCCUACUAAGGCAGGAAGUUAUUAUGCGAUUGCAAAGCUCUGUUUAGGGGUUCUAAUUCCAUUUAUCAUCCUGCUGGGGCUCCUGAUAGGCAGCUGCAUCCGCCAAUGGAAAUCCAGAAGUCGCUUCCUUUCCGGAUCAGAGAACGGUCCGGUGUUCCUGGCAGUUGCUGCGGUGCUAUUUGUAUGUCAGCUAUUCCACUGCACUGCGCUGGUAAGGGGAGCAAGGAUGAACCAGACGGCAGAACUUAGUCCUUAUGAGAAGGCGUUCAUGGAUCUGGUGGAGUUUGUGAUGUUCUCUGGCAGCUGCGUGUGUCUGGUGCUGGUGCUCCUGCUGCACCGGCCCAGCCGUGAGAGUCUUCUGGAGGUGAUGAGGCGGAUCGGCAGCUGCUGCCGUGGCCUAGGGGGCCGACAGACUCACAGACACAUCAUGGCCCCCCAGAUUGAGAUCGCGGACACUCAGUCCUAUGACUUUUGAGCUGGGAAUACACUCACCAUCUUAGGCGCAUUUAAGGUUGGGCUGGAUUCCUUAGAAACGCUAGGGACUUGUGAACGUACAUGUAAUUGCUGUUCUGUUCUUUUGACGUGUAUGCGCAGUGCCAAAUAUUUUCCCAAAAUUGUCUUGGUCACAGUUCGAGUUGGGGCCUAGGAAGCAAUGAAACGUGGGUUGCUUACAAUCGCCAGUGAGCACUCAUCAUUUUAGACCGAAACAAUGAGCAAAAUGUGGCCAAUUUAUAUGUUUCAAUCUUUGACUGUCCACUAGGAGAAAACAAGAUCUUAAUAGCAAAUCAUAACUCACAAUUUACAAAAGGGUCAAUUACCUGAACUUGACUAUGGCAAUGUUGCCCAGUAUAAAUUGAUCAUAAAAGUUGUUUUUUUUUUAAGUUGAGAUAGCGACCGACCAAGUAUAGUGAAUUUAGGUUUGUAUAUUUACUUCAUUUAAUGUUUUAAAAUAAGUGGACAUGGACAGGUAUGUUUGCCACUGUGUGUCAAGGACACUUGUUUUUGCCCUGCAAGCCUUACCCACCAGACAGAACACAGAAAUAAAAGGCUAGUCUCUUGACUUGGUCUAAAUAAUCCUCAAAUAUUUCAGAAUGUAUUUUAAUCGUUAUAACAUGUAAAUGUAUGAAAUAAACCAUGAACAAUCACCAUAACCAUAUACAGCUACAGUUAAAAUUAAGAGACCACUUCAAAUUUAACACUUCUGUUCCUCACUCAAAACUUUCCACUCAAAUCUUUUUUGGAAAGCAAAGAAAAAGGUGCAGUGGUCUCUUAAAUGUUUCCGGAGCUGUACAUGUCUACGUAAAUAAAUACUUAAACUGA